AUGAAAGUAUUUUAUUAAAAAUCAACUUAACCUCAAUUAUGGGAAAUAAUGAAUUAUGAAUAGUUCACCCAACAAACUCAUCAGGUGUUCUAGUUAUCAAAAGGAACUUACAGCAUCAAGGCAAAAAGCAAUAAUUAACCCAUCAGAACAACUAAAGAUUUAUAAUUGUAUGGAUAAUAAGCAGGCAUUAUUAUUGAACCGUAACAUAUUCAUCCCUUAUUAUGAGUCAUCAGCAGAGUUUAUUUUCUGUUUUAGGUGGUCAUUUGCCUGAGGCCAAUAAUCCCUAAUCUCAUAGAAUUGUAAAAUAAAAAGUUCCAGCAAUUAAGAAAUAACUCAAAACUGAACACGAUGGAGUUGAAAGCUUUAAGAAGAUCCUUCAUAUUGGAAAUAGUAAUUUAAGCAAUGAUUGGAGAUAAAUAAUUACAAGAAUCAAAGAUCUUCAAGCAGAAUCAUAUUACUUUAAAAAUCAUAUGUAAGAGAAUUAUGGAACAUUUUAAGAAGAAAUUGAUGCGUAUGUUACCAUAAAUAAUUAUUAGUUUGAUUGAUGAAGCCAAUUCAUUGCAAUUGCAAUAGUAAUAAGUCUUUUAGUAAAACACAGAAUUACUACACAAAAUUGAAUAAACUAAACAAGAAAUUAUUGAAUAAUAGCAUUAAUAUGAUGCUAUUAAGAAUUAAUUCAAAUAAGAGAACAUUGAAUAUUUCAUUCAAUCUAAACAAUAAUAAAAUAGAAAUCAAAUAAAAAUAUUUAAGUAUAUUGAUGAAUUUGAUUCCUUUUUAAAUGAGAAUAAAUUUAUCCUUGCCUAUGGAGCCAAUUUAGAUAUCAGAAAGAAAUUACAGUAUUUCAAAAAUAAAUAUUUAUAAUUAAGCAAAUGA